GUUUGUGAAAAGAGCUGAGCAGAGCUGAAGGCUGCAUGGUGGUUUCAGAAACUGCCUACUUAAUUUGAAAAGAACAAUGGUAGGAAAGGCUAGAUCUUCCAAUUUUACCUUAUCCGAAAAGCUUGAUUUGCUAAAGCUUGUGAAGCCAUAUGUGAAAAUUCUCGAAGAACACACUAAUAAACAUUCAGUAAUAGUGGAAAAGAAUAGAUGUUGGGAUAUCAUAGCAGUUAACUAUAAUGCAAUUGGAGUAGACCGCCCUCCUCGAACAGCACAGGGCCUACGCACCCUUUACAAAAGGCUCAAAGAAUAUGCCAAACAGGAGCUAUUGCAGCAAAAAGAUACCCAAUCAGAUUUUAAAAGCAAUAUUUCUGAGCCAACCAAGAAAGUUAUGGAGAUGAUUCCCCAGAUUUCCAGUUUUUGCCUGGUAAGAGACAGGAACCACAUACAAAGUUCAUUUGACUCCUAAAGAAGUAGCAGUGUCCAAGGAACAAGAAGAGAAAUCUGAUAGCCUAGUUAAAUAUUUCAGUGUUGUUUGGUGUAAGCCUUCAAAGAAAAAACAUAAAAAAUGGGAAGGUGAUGCUGUUCUUAUUGUAAAAGGAAAGUCAUUUACACUAAAGAAUUUGGAAGGCAAAGACAUUGGAAGAGGCAUUGGUUAUAAAUUCAAAGAGCUUGAAAAGAUUGAAGAGGGCCAAACACUGAUGAUUUGUGGAAAAGAAAUAGAAGUCAUGGGUGUAAUCUCUCCAGAUGACUUCAGCAGUGGCAGGUGUUUUCAGCUUGGAGGAGGAAGUACUGCUAUCUCGCAUUCUUCUCAGGCUGCCAGGAAAUGUUUCUCUAACCCUUUCAGAAGUGUUUGUAAACCAAGUUCAAAGGAAAAUAGAGAGAAUGAUUUCCAAAAUUGCAAACCACGCCAUGACCCAUAUACGCCAAAUUCCCUCGUUAUGCCACGACCAGAUAAGAAUCACCAGUGUGUAUUCAAUAAGAACUGUUUCCCUCUUGUGGAUGUAGUGAUUGAUCCUUACCUUGUAUAUCAUCUUCGACCACAUCAGAAAGAAGGAAUCAUAUUCCUUUAUGAAUGUGUAAUGGGAAUGAGAAUGAAUGGCAGAUGUGGAGCUAUUCUUGCUGAUGAAAUGGGUUUAGGGAAAACAUUGCAAUGUAUUUCGCUCAUCUGGACCCUGCAGUGUCAGGGACCCUAUGGAGGCAAGCCAGUAAUAAAGAAGACACUAAUUGUCACACCUGGAGGCUUGGUGAAUAAUUGGAAGAAAGAAUUUCAAAAGUGGCUAGGAAGUGAAAGGAUCAAGAUAUUUACUGUUGAUCAGGACCACAAAGUUGAAGAAUACAUCAAGUCUAUAUUUUAUUCUGUUCUUAUUAUCAGUUAUGAAAUGUUACUUCGUUCCCUGGAUCAAAUUAAGAAUAUAAAAUUUGAUCUUCUAAUCUGCGAUGAGGGACAUCGUUUGAAGAACAGUGCCAUUAAGACAACUGCAGCCCUCAUUAGCCUUUCUUGUGAGAAAAGAAUAAUUCUAACUGGUACUCCAGUUCAGAAUGAUCUGCAAGAAUUUUUUGCAUUAAUUGAUUUUGUAAAUCCAGGAAUAUUAGGCUCUUUGUCAUCUUAUAGGAAAAUAUAUGAAGAACCCAUCAUUUUAUCAAGAGAACCUUCUGCUUCUGAGGAAGAAAAGGAGUUAGGAGAAAGAAGAGCAACUGAACUUGCUUGCCUCACUGGACUCUUUAUCCUUAGAAGAACCCAAGAAAUUAUAAAUAAAUAUCUCCCACCUAAAAUAGAGAAUGUUAUCUUUUGCCGACCAGGAGCACUACAGAUUGAGCUUUAUCGAAAGCUGUUAAAUUCUCAGGUUGUCAGGUUCUGUCUUCAAGGGUUGUUGGAAAAUAGUCCCCAUCUAAUAUGUAUAGGAGCUCUUAAAAAAUUGUGCAAUCACCCCUGCCUUUUGUUCAGCUCUAUAAAGGAAAAAGAAUGCUCAACUUGUGAUAAAAAUGAAGAAAAGAGUCUAUACAAAGGCUUGCUAAGUGUGUUUCCUGCUGACUACAACCCUCUCCUGUUUACUGAAAAGGAGUCAGGAAAACUACAGGUGCUGUCCAAGCUCUUAGCGGUUAUCCACGAACUUCGACCUACUGAAAAGGUGGUGUUGGUAUCCAACUAUACACAAACCUUGAAUAUUUUACAAGAAGUAUGUAAGCGUCAUGGAUAUGCUUAUACAAGACUUGAUGGACAAACACCAAUCUCUCAAAGGCAGCAGAUUGUUGAUGGCUUUAAUAGUCAACACUCUUCUGUUUUUAUUUUUUUGUUAAGUUCAAAAGCUGGUGGUGUAGGACUUAACCUUAUUGGAGGAUCUCACUUAAUUCUCUAUGACAUUGAUUGGAAUCCAGCCACUGAUAUUCAGGCAAUGUCUAGAGUAUGGAGAGACGGUCAGAAAUAUCCUGUACAUAUUUACAGACUCCUCACCACAGGUACAAUAGAAGAAAAGAUCUAUCAAAGGCAGAUCAGUAAGCAAGGUCUUUGUGGGGCAGUUGUCGACCUCACCAAGACAUCUGAACAUAUUCAGUUUUCAGUAGAAGAACUUAAAAAUUUGUUCACAUUACAUGAAAGUUCAGAUUGUGUUACUCAUGACCUGCUUGACUGUGAGUGUACAGGAGAAGUUCAUACAGGUGAUUCGUUGGAAAAAUUCGUUGUCUCUAGAGAUUGUCAACUUGGUCCGCAUCACCAGAAAUCUAACUCCUCGAAACCUCUUUCUAUGUCCCAGCUGAAGCAAUGGAAACAUUUUUCUCGAGAUCAUUUAAAUCUUACAGAUCCUUUUCUUGAAAGAAUAACAGAAAAUGUGUCAUUCAUUUUUCAGAAUAUAACCACUCAAGCUACUGGCACAUAAUGAAAGAUUGCUUCAUAACAUUCCAUUGCUCUUCUUUUGAAAAUUAGUAUGGUAAUUAAAUGUACUUUUUGAAAAUUAAUAGAAUUAUUUAAAUUACCAUGUGUGUUGCAAAGUAUAUCACUUUUGAUACAAGAGUCAAAAUUUAGUGGUUUAAGUUUUUGUAAAUAUUAAAUGUUUAAAUGAAAAAUUAAAGAUGUGCUUCUAUCAUUGUAUAA